AUGGUAGACGUAUAUACGAGAUUCUGCAUCCUACGCGCCUUGCCUAACAAGAAAUCUGAUACAUUGGUUCAUGCCUUCACGCAAAUCUUUUGUGAUUUCGGCUUACCUAAAGUCAUCCAAUCUGACAACGGGGCUGAAUUCAAGAAUCACCUCAUGAAGAAGCUUGUCGAUAGCUUAGGAAUUGAGCAUAGGCUCACAACGCCUUAUCAUCCUCGAGCAAAUGGCAUAGCCGAACGUUGGGUGCAAUCAUCAACUCAAAUCAUCCGUAAAAGGAUCGAAGGCUCUGGAAAAGACUGGGACUACUAUGUUCCUAGCACACAGUUAGCACUCAAUAUGCGCGUUUCCAAACGACUGCAGUGCCCACCUUUUUCCUUAAUGUUCGCACGUAACGUCAAUGAGUUUCGCGAUUACCGACAAGAGGACUCCACAAAUGUCAAGCCGAUGUCGUAUGAGCAAUUGGUUGAGCGUAUCGAGCAUAUGCAAAAGGUCGUGUUUCCAGCACUCAAAGAAAGAACCAUGUUGUAUAUAAACUUGCAAAAGAAAAAGUUUGACAAAAAGCACCGCCUCAUUGAUUUCCCUGAGCAAAGUCACGUCAUGGCACGGGUACAAACACGUGGUAGCAAACUCGCACCUGUAUACGAGGGGCCCUACACAGUCUUGCGCAAGACGCAAGGUGGCUCUUACAUCUUGCAGGAUGAAACGGGUUCAUUAAUGCCUCGAGAUUAUGCACCAUCAGAAUUAAAGCUCAUCUCUCAAGAUGAAGUUAUACCCGCUGAUGAAUUAUACGAGGUACAAGCCAUCAUCAAUCAUCGUGGCAAACCGAACAAACGUGAGUAUCUUGUACGCUGGAAGGGUUAUGGCCCUGAAGAUGAUACUUGGCUUACACCCGAUAAGUUCACCGACCCUGAUUUCAUCAUGCAGUAUUGGAAUAGGCUGGGUCAAAAAGAUGAUCAAAGUCAGCAUCAUGCCGAUAAUACAUCUUCAAAGCGUAAAGCCACAGGCAACCAUACUACCACUCGACGUAGCAAACGCCUUAGAAAGUAA